AUCAUUUUUGUGAAAUAUUUAUCUAAAAUCAAAAGUUCUCUGGAUAAUCAUAAUUUGUAAUUUACUAUGAUGUUAUUAAGCUUUUACGAGUACAUUUUAUAGAUUUAAUAUCAAACACAACCAAUAUGUUAUCAAUAAAACGUCUGCCUAGUCUAUCAGCUAGUAAAAUAAACCCAAAAUAUCGCUCUGAUUUGUUGACUGUAUCCAGAAAUGGUCAAUUAUUCAGUGAACGUUGUAAUAAUGCUUUCUUCAAAUUAUGCCGAUCAUUCUCUGCGUUACACAACGUGACAAGUCGAGCUCGACAUCCACAAUUAAAACAAUUUCAUGCAGAGUACAAAGCAGCUGCAGACUUAUUGAAAAGGUCUAAUUUGCCAUCAUUUCCUUCAAUCAUUAACAAGGAAUUUACAAAAUCCUUUCACACAAGUUCUGCAAACAAUAAUAAGGAUGACGACCAAAACAAGGAUAAAGAUAAAAAGAAAAAUGAAGAUGCUAAUAUACCAUCGCUGUUUGUGAAAGCGGCAUUUUGGAUGCUCACCACAUUCAUCUUAGUCACUUUAAGUUCAAUGUUAGUUCCUGGUGACAAUACACAGAAUGAGCUUGUACGGUAUGUGUCCUGGAACGAAUUUGUAUAUAAUAUGCUGUCGAAAGGAGAGGUAGAAGAGCUAAUAGUACGUCCAGAUUUAGAAGUUGUUACGAUUAUUUUAUAUGAUGGUGCGGUGAUUAAAGGAAAACGGACGAAUCAUCGCGUUUAUCACAUGAAUGUGGGUGAUAUACAUCGUUUUGAAGAGAAACUGCGAGAAACUGAAAAGAGUUUGGGUGUGAAAGAAGGUGUCCGUGUCAUCUAUGACAGGAAUGGAAGUGUUGCUGGUAAAGUGAUCACAACAUUACUGAUAGCAGCUUUCAUUCUGUCGUUCCUGUACUCAACUAAGUCAAUGAAGAUGAACAUCAAUCUAGGAGGCUUUAGUCAACUCGGUCGUGCUAAGUUCACUUUAAUUGACUCAAUGAGCGGACAAGGUAAGGGUGUGAAAUUUGAAGAUGUGGCCGGACUGAAAGAAGCCAAAAUAGAAGUUAUGGAGUUUGUCGACUAUUUGAAGAGACCUGAACAUUACAAGAGUUUGGGAGCUAAGGUGCCCAAAGGUGCACUGCUGUUAGGCCCACCCGGCUGUGGUAAAACGCUCCUGGCCAAAGCUGUUGCUACUGAGGCUAAUGUACCAUUCCUCUCCAUGAAUGGUUCAGAAUUCAUUGAAAUGAUUGGAGGAUUGGGCGCUGCUAGAGUGCGCGAUCUCUUCAAAGAGGCCGGUUCCCGGGCACCCUGCAUCAUCUAUAUCGACGAGAUGGACGCUGUCGGGCGCGCGCGGAGUGAUGGGCGGUCUUUCGGCCCGGGGGGAGGGGAGUCGGAGCAGACCCUCAAUCAGUUGUUGGUGGAGAUGGACGGCAUGAAGACUAGGGAGGGUGUGGUGGUGCUAGCCUCCACGAAUAGAGCUGAUGUGCUGGAUAAGGCUCUGCUCCGGCCGGGUAGAUUCGACCGACACAUUCUCAUAGACCUGCCGACACUGCAAGAGAGAGAGGAGAUAUUCGAGCGACACUUAAAGAAUAUCGUUUUAGAAGACCUACCUAAACAUUAUGUAAAACGCCUGGCGUAUCUAACGCCGGGUUUCAGUGGUGCGGACAUCGCUAACGUGUGUAACGAAGCCGCGCUCCAUGCUGCACGACAUAAGCAGAAUCUGGUCAAAGCGGCCAACUUGGAAUAUGCUGUGGAGAGGGUUGUUGGUGGGACAGAAAAACGUAGUCACGCAAUGUCACCUGCCGAGAAGAAGAUAGUCGCGUAUCACGAGUCGGGGCACGCGUUAGUCGGCUGGCUGCUGGAACACACAGACGCUCUGCUCAAAGUGACUAUAGUGCCACGUACCAAUAAUGCGCUGGGAUUCGCUCAGUAUACUACCUCGGAUCAGAAACUGUAUUCGAAGGAGGAGCUGUUCGAUCGCAUGUGUAUGGCACUGGGCGGUCGCGCGGCGGAGGCGAUAACAUUCAAUUCGAUCACGAGCGGCGCUCAGAAUGAUCUACAGAAAGUCACCAAAAUCGCGUACGCACAGGUCCGGAUAUACGGCAUGUCUCGUACCGUCGGUCUCAUAUCGUUCCCGGACUUGAACGAACGCGGCCGAAGCCCUUUCAGUAACGCGCUCAAAAACCUCAUUGACAUGGAGGCUAAGAAGUUGAUCGCUGAGGCGUACUACAAAACUGAGGAUGUGCUGAGGAAAAACCAGGAUAAACUUAAACUUCUUGCCGAAGAAUUAAUAAAGAAAGAGACGCUAAACUUCAAAGAGGUACAAGACAUUCUGGGACCACCGCCUUUCCCCGGGAAGAAGUUCAUUGACCCCGUCGAGUUUGAGGCCAAUUUGAGGAACAUGGAAAAGGCCACCACAAGCGAAGAGGACAGUUCCAUUGGGGCACCUUCGGCUAAGCCAGAGACGCAGCCAGGAGCGUAAAUAUGUAGAUAACCUGUAGUGAAUAUAUAAAUUGUUGACAAUCA